CCCACCGCCGCGCCGCGCCGGGCCGGGCCACCCACUCUCUCUCUCUCCUCUCUCCUCAAGCCCUCCUCCACCUCCACCACCCACCAUUCCGGCGCGGAGACCGCUUCCCUUCCCCCACGCCCGCAACCCUCUCCUCCCCCGCCUCCUCCGCGCUUCCCUCCAUUUGUCCGCGGCCCCCUCCCUCCCGAUCUUAACCACCCGCCGCGCGCUCCCGCCACCCGGCUUCCCCUGAGGACGAGGAGGAGGAAGAAGAAGGAGGCCUCUCCCCCCCUGCACCGGUAGCGAGAGGGAGGGCGGAAGAGGAUGAGCGCGUCCAGGUUCAUAAAGUGUGUCACGGUCGGGGACGGCGCCGUCGGCAAGACCUGCAUGCUCAUCUCCUACACCUCCAACACCUUCCCCACCGACUAUGUUCCGACGGUGUUUGACAACUUCAGUGCUAACGUCGUGGUUGAUGGUAACACUGUCAACCUCGGGCUAUGGGACACUGCAGGUCAAGAGGAUUACAACAGAUUGAGACCACUGAGUUAUCGUGGAGCUGAUGUUUUCCUUCUGGCCUUCUCACUGAUCAGUAAGGCUAGCUAUGAGAAUGUUUCGAAGAAGUGGAUACCUGAACUGAAGCAUUAUGCACCCGGUGUGCCAAUAAUUCUCGUGGGGACAAAGCUUGAUCUUCGAGAUGACAAGCAGUUCUUUGUGGACCACCCUGGUGCUGUUCCUAUCACUACUGCUCAGGGAGAGGAGCUAAGAAAGCAAAUAGGCGCACCAUACUACAUCGAAUGCAGCUCAAAGACCCAACUAAACGUAAAGGGUGUCUUCGAUGCGGCGAUAAAGGUUGUGCUGCAGCCACCCAAGGCAAAGAAGAAGAAAAAGGCGCAGAGGGGGGCGUGCUCCAUUUUGUGAUCAGUAGACAAAGAAACAAGGGCGAAGUUGCCAUGGUUUAUUAUCGUUGCAUCUUGCUCCAGCGAAACAGCAUUGGUGGGUCCCCCUAGGUUUACUGGCAGCUGCAGCAAGUUCUUCUCUUUGUCGAGGCAUUGAGCGAUCCGUUUGUUUCAUUUCCUCCUUCCUGCCUUGUGAUUAUGUGGGUGUGACUGACAAGUCGUGGCAAUUAGGUGACUUGCUUAGAAGGUAUUUCCCGUGUUUGAGCAAAAAAAUAUCUUGUUAUCUCUGUUCCAUAAGUAGACAUGAUGUAAUCGUACUAAGUUUAUUUUUACUUAUUUCACUUCAAUGGAAAAUUAUAUUUCCCUUUA